AUGGGAUGCAAUCGUUUUAUUAUUAACUCUGAUAAUAUGGAAGUCAUCGGCACAAUGAAGAAUGGAGGACAAUCGGCGGGAGUUGCGGCGAUAGUAUUCGAGGAUUGCUACUUCAUGGCAUGCGAUUUUCCGUUGACUAGAUUUGAACAUUGUAAUAGAGAAGCCAAUAAGGUUGCUCAUGAACUUGCUAGGCUAGCAAAAAUUUCUGUAACUAGAGUUUGGUUUGAGGAGCCUAUGAAGAAUAUUGUAUCUUUUCUUAUAGACGAUGUAACUAUAAUUUCCAAUUAA